AUGAACUCUCUGUUCACCUCCUUCCGCCGCAUCCUCCCCUUAAACCCUAACUCUCACCACCACUUCCUCCUUCACAAAUUCUCAUCAUCUCGCCGUUCAUCCCCGCCUAUUCCCAUCCAACGGUUACAACAACCACCCGCCUCACCCGAUUCAACACGUCAUCAGCUCACCGUCCCUGAUUUCUCACAGACCGAUCUCGCCACCAUAUCGAAUCUCCUCGAAAACCAAAACGUAAUCCCCGGUUCGAGCCUCGAGUCAGCUCUAAACGAAACCGGAAUCGAACCGAGUUAUCAGCUGGUUCAGGCUCUGUUCGACCGGUUAAGCUCCUCGCCGAUGCUGCUCCACUCAGUGUUCAAAUGGGCCGAUACGAAACCUACGUUUACACUAUCUCCGUCACUAUUCAAUUCCGUUAUCAACGCCAUGUGCAAAGCACGUGACUUCGAGAGCGCGUGGUCGUUGAUCUUCGAUCGGGUGAGAAGCGAUGGAGGAUCAGAGUUAGUUACAGCAGAUACGUUCACCGUUUUGAUCAGACGGUAUGCUCGUGCUGGAAUGGUGCAGCAAGCUAUAAAGGCUUUUGAAUACGCUACAAGCUAUUAUGAUAUAGAGCUUAAGCUUCUCGAGGUAUUGUUAGAUGCUCUUUGCAAAGAAGGACACGUCACAGAAGCUUCAAUGUACAUGGAGAGGAGACGAAGGAUGGAUUCGAAUUGGAUUCCCUCUGUUCGGAUCUUCAACAUUCUUUUAAACGGAUGGUUCCGUGCGAGAAAGCUAAAGCAAGCGGAGAAUCUAUGGGGAGAGAUGAAGGAGAUGAAUGUGAAGCCGAGCGUUGUCACCUACGGUACCCUCAUAGAAGGGUACUGCAGGAUGCGUCGCGUCGAGGUUGCUAUGGAGGUUCUUGAAGAGAUGAAGAUGGCGGAAAUGGAGAUGAGUUUCAUGGUGUUUAAUCCGAUAAUCAACGGUUUAGGAGAAGCUGGGAGGUUACAAGAAGCUUUAGGGAUGAUGGAGAGGUUCUUUGUUUGCGUAUCGGGUCCUACUAUAGUGACUUAUAACUCGCUGGUGAAGAACUUCUGCAAGGCUGGAGAUUUGUUAGGAGCUAGCAAGAUACUUAAGAUGAUGAUGAACCGAGGGGUUGAUCCUACGCCGACUACUUACAACCAUUUCUUUAAGUAUUUCUCUAAGCAUAACAAGACCGAAGAAGGGAUGAACUUGUACUUCAAGUUGAUUGAAGCUGGACAUAGUCCGGAUCGGUUUACGUACCAUUUGAUCAUGAAAAUGCUCUGUGAGGAUGGGAAGCUGAGCUUGGCGAUGCAGGUGGACAAGGAGAUGAAAAACAGAGGAAUCGAUCCGGAUUUGUUAACGACCACGAUGCUGAUUCAUUUGCUCUGCAGGCUGGACAUGUUCGAAGAAGCGUUCGAGGAGUUUGAGAAGGCGGUGAGAAGAGGGAUUAUUCCGCAGUAUAUUACAUUCAAGAUGAUCGAUAACGGUUUGAGGACGAAAGGGUUGACCGAGAUGGCAAAGAGAUUAGGCGGUGUGAUGUCGUCUCUUCCUCACUCGGAGAAACUACCGAAUGCAUACAGAGAAGUGGUGGAUGCACAACCCCCUGGUAGAGGAGAUAGAAGGAAGUCUAUAUUGCAUAGAGCAGAAGCAAUGUCUGAUGUGUUGAAGGUUUGCAGAAACCCGAGAAAGCUUGUGAAGAUGCGUGGAUCUCCCAGAAUGACUGUUCGUGAAGACGAGAAGUUGGCAGAUGAUGGAGAUGGAGAUGCAGUGAGAGUACCACACGAGUCUUCAAGUCCUUUGUCAUAAACAGAUGUGAGAGUAAUGAGCUUAUAACGGGCUUGAGAUGGGCCAUUUGGACUUUGGGUUCCACUUGCAUUUAGAAUGGAGCUUUAAGCCUACCUUUUCAUGUAUUGUAACCCAAACCACCGAACCAUCUUGAAUUGUAACAUGAGACACAUACUGAGUCGGUAGGGACAUUUUCUCCUAGUACUAGCCCGAGUGAAGUGGAUAGUUUUACUUUUA